AUGGCGUCCGCGUCGUCGUCGCCAGAUCCUUCCGACGUCGUCGUCGCCGAUGAAGCAGAGAAGACGUCUUCGAAGAAGAGGAAGAUGAUCGCGCUGCACGGCAAGGGCGGCACCGCGGCGUCGUUCGAGAAGUACAUGGCCCCGCUCGUCGCCGCGACCUCGGAGACGUGGGACUGGACGUUCGUGGACGGUCCGCACGAGCUCCAUUCCGGCGGCAGGGCGUGGUGGACGCUCCCGCCGAACACGCGCACGUUCGAGGCGGAAUCGCUCGACGGCGCGGACGACUCGCUCGCGAUGCUCGACCACCUUUGGCCGUUCGACGGGCUGAUGGGCUUCUCCCAGGGCGCGAUGCUCGCCGCGAUCGCGUGCGGCCGCGGUGUCGGACCGUCGAGGGCGCACCGCCCGCGUUACGCGCUCGUCGUCGGCGCGGCGUUCCCAACCGCGCGCGGCGCCGACGUGGAAAAGCUCAGAUCCGUCGAGCUCCGAGCCGCGGGGGAGUGGGACGAGGCCGUCCCGGAGUCGGUCGCCGCGGUCGUCGCGGCGCCGCCGGAGCCGCUCGUGAGGUCGCUGCACGUCAUAGGGAAGAAGGACGAGAUGAACCCGCCGGCGCAGGGGAGGAAAGUCGCGGAGGCGUUCGGGCUAGGCGCGGCGACGCACGAGCACCAGGCGCGUGUAGUCGCGUGUUUCACCCACCGCUCGGUUUCAACGUUUGAUCGCUGGGCGCACGUCGUGCCGCUGGACGACGAGAGCGUGGCGAAGUACGUCGAGCUUCUCAUGAGCUGA